UCUGACUCACAGGCGGCAUUUAUAAACAACAAAGCAGCAAAGCUCAACCGGCUGUGCUGAAAUUUUCUAUAAAUUAAAUUAAAUAAAAAAUUUGAAGGCUACAUUUUAUAUUGACAACAAUAUACCAUUUAUAGCUGUACGACUACUUAUAAUUCAAUAUAAUCACAGAUAUGGCCGAUCCACGCUUAAGGCAGCUAGUUAUAAAAACGGGUGUUGUCAAGCGCCUGGCAAAGGAGAAGACUGUUUAUGAGAAGGAAGUGAAAACAGAGUUUGCUCGUCUUGAUAAAUUCAAAACAGACGGCGCUGAUGAACAUGUACUACGCAAGCAAGAAGAGGUUAUACAGGAAUGUCAGAUGAUGUUACCAGAUUCAAAGCGAAGGCUACAAAAGGAGUUUGAACUGUUGCAAAAAUUUCUGCAGGAUGAGCAGGAUCUCAAAGAAACAGAGGAGUACACAAAGGCAGCCGAGAUGUUAAGCGAGGCAGAAGCUAUUCUUAAAGCAUAGAGCAUCAGCUGCUCCGAUGCCGCCAACCACAUUCUUCCCUGUACUUGCUUUUUACUAAGCUACCCACUCUCAAUAUAUUUAUAUGUAUUUUGCAACGUUAACCAACACUAAUAUCAAAUAUGCCGCAAGGCCUCAAACUAAGCGAAAUAAAGGCAAAAGCUAACAAUAUCA